AUGGGCGUACAAUGUCGUACCAUAUUAUCUUUUGUUUUCAGGUCAAAGUUUGGCGAUGAGAUUCACAUGUUGGGCUUGGAAGGCGUAAAUGCAUUCAUAUUGGACGUGAAUCUACGAAGAAAAAGUUCGUCACCAUUGCUAGAGAGUUCUAUUGGAAACAUCAUCUGGAUGGUGAUUGCACAUUGCAAGGUGAAUUCAAAUUUGGGACUGCCCUCCACUGUAGGGCAUUUAAAGAAUUCCAUUGUAGAAAUAAACAAAGAUUUUGUUGAAGAAAUAAAAGGUGAUGAAGGGUCUUUGAAAGUUGGUGAGCAUCUCAAAGAAAUGGCUCAACUGUAUUCCAAUCCUGACGCUGAUUACUUUCUUGUCACUAGUUGGUGUAACUUUGGCCUUCAUGACACUAAUUUCGGGUGGGGAAAACCUAAAUGGUGGUGUAUAAGCACUCUGAGCACAAAUACCCCAGUUUUGUCUAAUGUCAUAUUUCUAGUGGAUACAAAAGUGGGUGAUGGAAUUAAAGCUUGGGUUUGCCUAAGUGAACAAUACAUGGCUGUAUUCGAGUAUGAUCUAGAGCUCCUCGCAUUCGCUUCCUUGGAUCCUAGUCCUCUUGAACAUGAUAACCAAGGAUAG